AUGCGAUUUUUCCUAAUUUUUUGUCUGCUUUCGACUGCCUUCUGUGCUGUCAAGUUUGCCGGUGACUCGGAAGUUCACGAUGAAGCGUUUGUUUUUUUUUUCUUCUUCAGAUGUUCAGUUGAUAAAUUUGAAAAUUUAACAAGAAGACCUAAGCAAAGAGGAUAAAUUUCACUUUUUUAACUUUUAAAUGUUCAGUGUUUUUCAAAAAAUUAACUUUUUCAAGAAAUAGGUUAGGAAAAUAUUUUAUGUUCAUUUCGACGUUUUUUUUUUCUUCUUCCUCCUCAAUCUUUCCAAAAAAAAGGGCUUACUAACUGAUUAGGCAUCGUAAUUUCAAUAUUAAUCAGACUUUUUCGUUUGUCAGAAAAAUAAAUCAUCUAUCAGCGCCAUCUACUUUUAGGCACAUCAAACAACACUUGGAGAACAAGAUCGAGGUGGAGAAAUUGACCGAAGAUCAGCAGAAGUUUGUCUUGAAACAAGGUUUUUAUAACAAGAAACUUCAGGUUUCACUAUUUUUCUAUGCACGAUCUCAAUAAGGACAAUCAAAUCGACGGUAUCGAAAUCAUGAAAGCGAUUACUCACGACCACUCGAGUCAAACUGAGCUAGGUAGUUUUUUUUUUAUCUUCAAAUUUCAAUUUGAAAAAUUAUAUUUCUGGAGGUCUAUCAUGUAAAGAAACUUAUCAUAGAACUGUGAACGGUAGAGUUUGAAAAGAUGCUCUGAUGAAAUUUCUUUUUGUGGAGAAUGCAGGUUUUUUCAGAUUGAAAAAAGAUACGUGAUGAACUUGCAUAUCAAUGAUCGUAAGAACAAUUGAGACUCGCCUUUUUUAUCUCGUGGCCAAACUCGUAGAUUUCACUAUAUGAAUGACAAAUGUUCGAGGUCUUCUCAGUGUUCGAGUCUUGAAUUAGCGGGGUCUCAGGUCACGGCCUGGGCAAUCCGGUAACGCACGAAGAAGAGAUGAUCGGCCUCGUCGAUUCGGUUCUCCACGACCUCGACGCCAACAACGACGGCUUCAUCGACUAUGCCGAGUACAACAGAAAACGAUAG